AUGUAUUUCAGUGUCUUCAAAGUCGAGAGUGGUGAAGCACGUGUACCGGCGGAUUUUUGCUCCGAUCGUUUGCACGACCACUUCAUCGACCGUAAACACGGUGGAAUUCCUGUUAAGACACCGACGCCCCUGACUGGGGUUACUACUAACAGUGUUAGUUCUUUUGCAACCGGAGCCGUUCCGGUAGCGAUAGAAGAUUCAUUGACUGCAUUGUUGGCACCACCACCGGAUCCACCCAGUGAUAUGCCCAGUUACCGAUACGAACAUCAUCGUGAGCAACGACGUUCGUCUCCCCAUUCACGGCGACGUGAGCGAUCUCGAGAGCGAUCACAAGAACGAUGCAGGCAUCGUAAAUCUAAGUACGAUUACGAGAAGGGAUCCUCACGCAAGAAAGAGAGAAAAGAGAGGAAACCAAGCGCUUCUUCGGAUUCAUCCGCAUCAUCGAGUGAGGACUCGUCAUUGACUAGACUUCGUUCCGGAUCGAACGAUAGUCGAACAUCCAGUCCUCUGUCGUACAGUCAACGAAAUAAAGAUCGGCGACGCGAUGAAAGACGGGAUAUGCGUAAUGAUCGAAGCCUCAACGGUAAACCGCGAAACACAUCUUCUUCUCGACGAAGUCCGUUAGACACGCCGAAAUGGAACGACAGAAAAGGACUGCGACAUUCGCCGUCUGUGUCCGAAGAACGUCUCCCACAGACAGCGCCGUCAACAGGAGUCACAGCUCCAACAGGAACGGCGACACCAACUCCAGACGACCGAAAAAGUGGUGAUAGUGGGUUUUACGAUGAAGUUUCGCGACCACCACUUGAUCCACCACCGGCACCUCCACCAAUGGAGUCGCUACCACAUAUGCCUUCUCCACCGCCAGCUGAUCCGCCAGUUCGACGAAGAUCACCGCCUUCUAGAUCAAAUUCCCAUUCACAUUCCAAUCCCCACUUUGUAUCUCCGCCUUCUACUUCCCGUCAUGACUCGCAGUCCAGUCGCCAUCAACCACAUCAUUACGGUCACGAUGCUCAGCAGCUCUAUCAUAACUUGCAGUCUAUCACCGCUCAGCAUCGUCACCAAUCCCUUUCAUCCGGACCGGGGCCAUCGAAUGCCACUCCAUCAAGCUGUGGCACUCCGAAUCCAUCACAAAAAAGGCACUCAGUCGAUGGUCAGUCAUCACAGCAUACGCGCCCUCAUCCAUCUUCGCAACCGCCGCAUAAAACUCGGGUUGGAAAAUGGCCAUGGAGCGAGCUGCUACGGAAUCCUUGCGUCUUUCCUGAUAAUACCAGCUUGACGUUGCCCGAUCCGCGAUCGACCCGCAAUGACCCGCUGUCUCGAACAAUGUCCUCGCAUCUGCCUCUGCCUCCGUUUGCCAGCGCCGAUCGUCCACCUCACCCUGUCUCAGGGGAGUGGCGAAAACGAUCCUCUGGAAGUGCAACUAGUGUAGAUGGAAUUCAUGCGACAUCACAGCGCAGGGCGAGCGGUGGAUCUGCAACCGCCUCAACAAGUCGUCCACUUACUACUUCUUUAUCGGAAGAGCGGCCUCCACAAUCACAUGUCCCAUUUUGCGGGCAUUCAAUCGUGCCGACACAUGCUACUGUCUCAAGAAGUUCCAGUAGCAGCGGUGCAAGUGGCGGGUUGGACAGCGACGCACAAUUAUCACCAGAUGCAGCUCCUCUUCCUCCACCACCACCGUCAGCUUUGGAUCUGCUCUGUGAGCCAGAUGAUGUGCCAAUUCUAGCUGAUGGCUGGAGCGGGGUGUGUUUUUUCCCAGAGUUUGCGUCAUAUUUUGCACAGCGCCUGGCUGAGAUUGGGUCACGACUAACAGAUGUGAACGCUUCCCUGGAAGAGGCGCAUCGCGGAGUGGCGGAGCUGGACGAUCAUCACCAUCGUCGUCCUUCGGUGUCAUUGGCAACGGAUCAGACCCCAACGUCAUCUAAGCGCAGAGAAGCUGGAGCGCUAGGAUCAACUCCUCGCACUGACUCAUUCGAAGAGAGGCUACGAAGCAUCAACCAGAAGAAAAAGUCAUCCUUUGAUGACUUCACGCUGAAUAUCACUCAAGAGCGAUUAUUAGCUGUCAAGGCUUCCGCGCCGGAUCCGUUGGGAGUGACAACGUUCUCAGGGCUUUCAUCCGCUAGCGGAUUAUCGUCGAGUGGUUUCAGUCGGAAUGCGAGCGGUCAGCGUCCGGCCCUGUCAAUUACAAUUCCUCAGCCAGGGAGUGCCUCUCACAGCUCGGCCACAACUCCCGCUUCAUCUCGUCUCGAUUCACCUUUGGUAGGUUUAGCAUAUUUAAAUUUAUAUUCACUUUUUUACUUUUUAUGUGCCCACUCCUGGCUUGACUUUCAUUGGGUCCAGUUUUUUCUUCAUUGUCAGACAUAGUU